GCGGCCAGCCCGACCCCAUCCGCGAGUCUUUUCUCCCCUGAGGUGCUUCUUCGAGCCCAGGAAGCCUAGCAGGGGUGAGAGAGCGCCCCUGAAAGGGUGCAGAGGGCGGGUUCGGACCCGCGGCAGAUCACGCGGCGAGUCUGCGCCCUGAGCCACCACCUCCGAGCAGUCCCCGGAUUGCCGCCUCACACGGCGCAAGGACCUGCCCAGCCCGGCUCUCUCGAUCGGGAGAAACUCUGCAGGCCAGCCGCGAGGCCGGCAGCGAGGCCGGCGAGCUCGCCUACUCCGGUCGACCCACUCCGUAGUCCCGGGCUUUCGAAGAUGUCCGCCAAGCCCGAGGUCGGCUUCGUGAAAGAAGCUUCUCGCCAGAUCCUGGCCGGUGGCUCAGCUGGUCUUGUAGAAAUUUGCCUGAUGCACCCCCUCGAUGUGGUGAAAACCAGGUUCCAGAUUCAGAGAUGUGCAACUGACCCAAACAGUUAUAAAGGCUUGGGAGAUAGUUUUCGAACAAUUUUCCGAAUAGAAGGGCUGUUCGGUUUUUACAAGGGAAUUCUGCCACCCAUCUUGGCUGAAACACCAAAAAGAGCAGUGAAGUUUUUCACCUUCGAGCAGUACAAGAAAUUGCUAGGAUAUGUGUCGCUGUCACCAGCAUUGACAUUUGCCAUUGCUGGAUUAGGAUCUGGACUAACAGAAGCCAUCGUGGUUAACCCUUUUGAGGUAGUAAAAGUUGGCUUGCAAGCAAAUCGGAACAGAUUUACAGAGCAGCCAUCCACAAUGAGUUAUGCAAGACACAUCAUUAAGAAGGAAGGCUUGGGACUCCAGGGCCUCAACAAAGGAUUUACAGCAACUUUGGGACGUCAUGGCGUUUUCAACAUGGUUUAUUUUGGCUUCUACUACAAUGUCAAAAACAUUGUUCCUGUCAAUAAGGAUCCAACCUUGGAGUUUUUGAGAAAAUUUGGGAUUGGUCUUCUCUCCGGCACAAUAGCCUCAGUCAUUAACAUCCCUUUUGAUGUUGCCAAAAGUAGGAUUCAAGGGCCUCAGCCAGUUCCCGGAGAGAUCAAGUACAGAACCUGUUUUAAAACAAUGGCAACAGUCUACCAGGAAGAAGGGAUUUUAGCUUUGUACAAAGGCCUGCUUCCCAAGAUUAUGAGGCUUGGACCAGGCGGUGCAGUGAUGCUGCUGGUGUAUGAAUACACCUAUUCGUGGCUUCAGGAGAACUGGUGAUUGCCUACGAAGUGCUGAAAUAAUGGAUCUUUGCCGUACAGCACCGUGAGGAGGAUCCAUCAGCUCAGCUAAGAUUAUAAAUCCUCCUUCUACACUUACAUACAAUUUACUAAGGGGAAACAGUUUCUUCAAGAACAAAAUCUAUUUCAAUACUUCAAAAAUUAUCUCUAGACAAUUUGAGACCAUAGUUAUGGCCAUAUCCAUAAGGUGUGUUAACUGAUCAGAGAAAUCAGGUAUUUCAUAAAAUUGCUUGUAUGACCUCUAUUC